AUGGCAGAAACUAGGGCCAUUCCUCCUCACUGUGAAGACCCUUCGCUUGUGAUCUCCUACCCAGCACACAGAGGCGGGAGAAUGCAUUUUUCUGGAGUUUCCUCAAUAUGCUUUCGGCCUUACAUGAAGCACCUAGUAUCUGGAGGUGCAGACGGCAACGUUUUAAUGUGGGGACUUCAAUCGUGUCAUGAAUCUCGAAGGCAAAUACGCAGGCCAUACUGCUUACAAGGACACAAGGCUCCCGUAUGUUCUGUAGCGGUCUCUCCUCUAGACACAGUUGUUGCUUCCGGAUCUAAGGAUAAGACUGUGCGCUUAUGGAUUCCAAGAGUGUAUGCAAAAUCCACUGUUAUUAAGGGACACUCCGGAACUGUUAGAUCAAUAGCCUUCAAUCCAAGUGGAGAAUACCUUUUAAGUGCCUCGGAUGAUAAAUGCAUGAAGGUCUGGGAUGUGGAGACGGAAAAAUUUGCAUUUGCUUUACUAGGGCAUCUGAACUGGGUUAGGUCUGCAGAGUUCAACAAUGAUGGCAGAUCAAUUGUGUCAGGAUCUGAUGACAGAACUAUUCGGCUCUGGGAUGUUGAAAGCCGUCAGUGUAUUCACCAGUAUAUAGACAUACUCGGGAUGGUGCGGUCAGCUAGGUUUCACCCCGAAGGCAAGUGCAUUGCAAGUUGCGGAACUGACGAAUGCAUUCAGAUUUGGGAUACUAGAAGCAAAAGAUUGGUUCAACAUUACGCUGCUGACACAGGAACUGUAAACACAGUGUCCUUCCAUCCCUCUGGCGAUUACCUUCUCUCAACAUGUGAUGAUGGUGGACUAAGGCUUUGGGAUUUAAGAGAAGGCCAGCUUUUGUAUAUGUUGAAGGGUCAUGAAGGAUCUACGAAUUGCGCUGAAUUUUGCAAAUCGGGUGACUUUUUUGCAUCAGGAAGCGCUGAUGAGCAGGUAGUUAUCUGGAGAAGUAACUUUACUGCUUCUCGUGGCCUAUAUCCCGGUACGGUUGUUUUUGGGGAUUCUCAAGAUUCUAAACAGCCAUUGCCGGUUGAUGUUGGUGAGCAUGAUUUGAGAUUGGAAUCUUUUGGAAGUGUCUACAUCCUCGUAUAUGAGCAUGUAAAUUGGCAUUUUGCCACGCUCACAGCCAAGUUCGAUAUCGUAGGACUAGAAACGCAGAAGCAGCUAGAUAUCCUUGCCCAGUUCUGCGAUCAAAUUCAACCUCCCACUCCUCCCAAUACUGUCCUAUGGACGUGGUCGGAAUGA